AUGGCGGUUGAUCUUAGAAUAGGCUUGGUAGCUCUGGUCUUGAUGACGCCUCUGCUACUCUCAGGCCGAUUUUUGAGCAACGAAUCUACUAAGCCGACGAAGGACGAUCUGCGAUUUGAAGAUGGAGAUCGCAUUCCUCUCUUUGCCAACAAGGGCAUGAUGGGAAGAGUUGACGACACAGACGAAUCAAGGCCUAGGUAUUAUCUAGUCACACACCUCCGCUUUUAUCCGUUGUACACCAGGAACCAAGUGAAAAGAAUAAUUGUUACUGAAGAUUUCGAUUCUGCUGUGGACAUAACUGAAGAUGUUGAAAUCAAAGUCAAGUUCACUUAUUCUGUCCUCUGGGUGGAAGUGAGGAUGAGGCAUGAUACCUAUGAAUUUUUGCCUGCACAAAGCUGGAAUUCGAUAUUGUCAUUGAUGUUUUGGCCUAGUGCUGUUUUCUUCUUGUUUGGAUUACUUCUUCUACUGCUACUAGCACCAUAUUUUACGGCUAAUUUUACCAGGUAUUGUCAUCAAAGCAUAGAAUCAGCUAGAGCAGUUAAUCACUCGCGGCCUAUUCAUGACAACAACUGCAACUGUCCUCCAUAUUUUUCCUUACUUGGUGCCUUCCUUGGACCUGGAAUUCAGCUAUUGAUCACGGCUUUCAUUCUCUUUAUUUUGGCAUAUAACCAGCGAAUGCUGUCCUUGGAUACUAUACUUCUGAAAGAAUGCAUUUUCCUAGCUGGAAACCUGUACUUCAUUCUGGUAUGCUUGACGGUUUUUUCUGUAAACAUAGUAGCGCAGAUAAAUUUUGGAGAAUCAGAGAUAGCUGAAUUUGGAGAGUCGUUCAAUGUUCUGAUGGCGUGUGGAAUUUUCACUGGAGCUCUCUCAACUCUAGGUGGCAUGAUCGCAUAUUGUUCGAAAGAAAAAACAUCAGAAGUGCCUUGUCCCACAAGAACAACAACAACACAGAGAGAUUCAUCCGCAACCUUGGUACAGGAACACACUAGCUCAGAUGUUCCUUGGAAGUCUUCCACUGUUCAUUUAUAUCUUACCAUCGAUGGACAACAUUUAUGUGAGCUUAAUGAAUUUAACGAUUUGCAAUGCAUUCCGUAG